AAAAAAAAAACGCUCCUGCUUAAAGCAGACGCACGGCGGGUGCAACUGCCCCCAACGCUCUGCCAACCAUACCAAUCUCUCUCUUCGUCAGACUCCUUUAACGGCCAGACCCAAAGAAAAGAAAAAGAAGAAGAAAACCCUAACUUCAGUUUCUAAAGUUUCCUCUUUCCUCGAUGCAAUAAGGGUUAAGGGAAUUGUAAUUUUGUGACUAUUUGGUCCACUUUUUUUUUUUUUAGUGUUUGGGCCUUUUGGUGAAGGAGAAUCAUGAGUCCAGAGCUUUUGGAAAUUCAACCUCGCGAACUCAGGUUCACGUUUGAACUGAAGAAGCAAUGUUCGUGCUCUGUGCAACUUUCCAAUUCCUUGGACCAGUAUGUUGCUUUCAAGGUUAAAACUACAUCUCCGAAGAAAUAUUGUGUGCGACCCAACACUGGCGUUGUUUUACCGAAGUCAAAGUUUGAGUUCACAGUUACCAUGCAAGCUCAACGGGAAGCUCCACCUGAUAUGCAGUGUAAAGACAAGUUCCUAAUCCAGAGCACAAUCGUUCCUUUUGGUACCACCCCAGAAGAUAUUAAACCAACCCAUUUCACCAAAGAAAACGGCAGAUAUAUUGAAGAGAAUAAGUUGAAGGUGGUCCUAGUAAGCCCGCCUCAUUCUCCGGUAUUGCUGCCUAUUAAUGGAGUUUCAAAGCAGGUGCCAGCUUAUGAAGCUCCGAUUUUGAAGCAGGAGCCUAUUUUGAAAGAUGAACUAUCAAUUGGAGUUGAAAACCUUCCUCCAUCUCAUGUUGUUGUUCCAAAGGAUGUAGAUGUAUCCAAGGAUGUAGAGGAGUUGAACUUAAAGCUAAAUGAGUUGGAAUCACAGCUAAAUGAGGCUGAGAAGACCAUCGCGAGGCUGAGAGAAGAGAGGAGCACAACCAUUCAAGAAAAGGAUAUGUUAAAACAAGAACUAGCAUUGGCAACAAGGAAGAGCGGUGUAAGAAGAGUUCGGGUGGGUUUUCCGUUUCUGUUUGUCUGCUUCAUUGCACUUGUCAGUAUGACACUGGGGUACAAGUUACGCAUGUAGAACUCGUACCAUAGUCCGAGCUUGCGUUUGUUGUUUCAGAAACUAGGGGACAUGGGCCGGAAGUCUGUAAUUAGGAUCUUUGAUAUUAGGAUAGAAAAGAAGGCCCCUUUCCAAAGAUUAGUUUAAGGCAGUCUGAUUGUCUGUUUAUUUUCGGCGACUUUGCACCAGACUCUAACAAGGUGUAUGUAAAGGAACAUACUUUUAUUUGAAUAAAGAGGAAUCAAAAGAUGUAUCUUUUUCACGCA